CCAUUUUGUGAGAGAGUGGAGUGAAACACAUAAAGGAGUGUUGUGAGGUCCUUUUAUUCUUCUGUUUCUAACAUUCAUUGCAGGCUUCAAUCAUGUCAAGCGGUGAUGACAAAUCAACCACUAGAAGACACCAUGUGGAUGAACCUCUCAUGCUCAAAGCAAUGCAACAACAAUUUCAGAGGCUGAACAUCAUGUUUGGUGAGAUUAGAGACAAAAUGGAGAAGCAAAAUGCAGCUAUAGCCAAUUUAUACCAAAUACAUAAUGGAAGUCCGAAUUUGCGUAGGAAUGACACUAAUGAUGAUCUCAAUGAUGAUUAUGAAGAUGCAUUCAACAAUGAUGCCAAAAAGUCAAAUUUCAGCAUGGAUAGAUUUAUGAGAGGUAUAGGGGAUCAAAAAGGUAGGUUUAACCAAGGAGAGCAAAAUCUAAUGAGGUGGGGAGAUUGGCAAGAUCAUGACUUAGGUAGCAUCAAGAUGAAGAUUCCUCCAUUUCAAGGCAAAAAUGAUCCAGAUGUGUAUUUGGAGUGGCAAAAGAAGGUGGAAUUGGUGUUUGAUUGCCAUAACUAUUAUGAGGAGAAAAAGCGUCCUAUUGACACUUGGGAAGAGAUGAAAGCUGUGAUGAGAAAACGAUUUGUUCCUAGUCACUAUUACCGUGAUCUCUAUCAACGAUUACAGGGCCUUACUCAAGGGUCCAAAAGCGUUGAGGAUUAUCACAAAGAGAUGGAAAUCCAAUGGUUAGAGCGAAUGUGGAAGAGGACAAAGAAGCAACUGUGGCACGAUUUCUGCAUGGCUUAAAUCGUGAUAUAGCUAAUGUAGUGGAGUUGUAGCAUUAUGUGGAAUUAGAAGAUAUGGUGCAUAUGGCAAUGAAAGUAGAAUGGCUAC